AUAAUGAUCCCCAGGAAAAGAAGAAGAAAAGACUUUGCAUCAGUAGAGAAGGAACAAAAAGAGUUUCACGGUCUGUAUAAUCAGGGAGCAACAUGUUACCUCAACAGUGUUCUGCAGGUUCUCUUCAUGACAACUGAGAUUCACAACAGCUUGGAUCAAAACUCCGAUACAGAUAAGGAGCUGAGAAACCUCUUUGAAAAACUGGAGACAGAACCAUGUAGGACAGUAGACAUCACAAACAGUUUUGACAUUACAGACGUGCAUCAACAACGUGAUGCUGCUGAAUGCCUGGAAAUGAUUUUACACAAAGUCAGCCCACAGGCCUCCCAGGUUUUCAAAGGACAGCUGAAAUACUCGACAACAUGCACCAAAGGCCACAACCUCAACACAGAGACGAAUCCAUUUCUGACUCUUCCACUGUCACUGAAGGAUGCUAACAAUUCAACCUUCAGUGUGGAGCGUGGCUUUGACAACGUUUUCCGGACAAAAUCCUUCAUCAGAGACAACCUGGUGUACUGUGAGCAAUGUGGAAAGAAAACAGAGGCCAACAGAGAAUGUGAGAUGCUGGAAUUUCCUCGUAUUCUGGUUCUACUUCUGAAGAGAUUUGACUUUGACAACAACACCAUGUCACAUUUCAAAUCAGACCGCACGAACAAGAAGUACAAACUGUGUGGGAUUGUGAAUCACAUGGGCAGCCUUAAAGGAGGACACUACACAGCCACCAUCCUGUCCAAAGAGGACAACACCUGGUAUAAGUUUAAUGACAGUCACGUCAGAAAGCUUGAAGAACAACCAUUUGCAAACUCUCAGACUUACAAGUAUGUUCAGUGA